UAUUUUUUCACCUCAGAUCGCCCGACCGACUAUCGCAACGACAGCUCUGGCAAUGAGGGCAAUGCUUUCAAUACCGAUGGUCAGAAUUCCGACCCUCAAAAUAGUCCUCCACGCACCGAGAAGGAUUACAUGCGUUUGCAAUUAUUGCAACAGCAGCAACAACAACAAUUAACUCCAGUGAGCGGUGGCGGGGGUAACAAUAGCAACGCAUUCACUUUUAGCGAGAAGCGUUCGCGACUCUUUCGCACAUCAAGCAAUACACCCAGCGGUGCUGGUGGCGGUGGUGGCGCCAUGGGUAUGGGUAAGAAAAAGCAAACACUCAGUUUAACGGCUGAGCCGCGUUCAGUAUUAGAAACAUGUCUGUCGCCGACGAAUGUGGAGCCGCGAAAGAUGCUACUCGAUCAACUGAGCCGCAUAUUUGCCAGCGAUGACACUGUGCUACCAGAUGUGGUCACAAUAAUCAGUCCGCCUGAGGCGCUAAGUGGCAGUGCGCUAAUCCCUAAGCUGACCACAUUGUUGGCAAACUCAUUUAAGCCGGCAUUUAUGCCGCAAAAUACUGCGGAAGUGAAGGCAGUGUUGCAGGCAUUGAUGGGCAAAAUACAGAAAUACUGCAACUCGAAUGCGAAGCCACCAAAUACGGUGAAGAUUUUACUACUGGGCGGUGAUUGGCUGCAGGGUGCUGCGUUGCGCCACUACGUUGAGUUGAUGGGCGUGCGCCCGCCAGACUGGCUGAAUCAUUUGCGUUUCUAUAUUGUGCCAAUCGGCAGCGGUAGCACGAUUGCGCGUUAUCUUAGCCAAAUCGAUUUGACAUACGGUGCCAUGUUUGGUUCGGACAAUUGGUAUCAAUUGUGCGAGCGUGUUGCGGCGACAGCAGCGGCCGUGAGCGCUGUGACGACGGUGAAUGCCUCGGCGCUGUCAACAACGCUCGGCGAUUCGGUGACGGCGAACAAGUCGGACAUUGUGGAGAUGGUGCAACGCAUACAGCGAUAUCUGCACGCAGCCGGGCCAUGCACACAGAUACCCAUCGGCGAGGCGAUGGUUAAUUACAAGGACGAGGAUUCGUGUCAAAUAUUUGUGCCAUUCGUCAGUGAUGUACGUAUUGGUUACUUGGAAGGCCCACAAGUCUCACUUGAUCUCGAAGAGAAUGCCGCACAAACUGGUGGUGCUGGCGCGCAGCAAGCGUUAAACAUGUCGAGUGCCAUACCCAUUGGAAGUGCUAACACAACAAAUAUGGUUGGCGUUGGCAGCGGCGGUGUAGGAAAUAAUGCAUCAUCCGGUUCGCCACCACAAAGCGGACGUAUUUCACCACCCCAGCAGACACCACCUUCUUCGGCGAAUGCGUUACGUGAUCGUGGUGGUGAUUCGAUAAAUACGCCACCAGCGCAAUCGACAGCAGCGCCCGAGUCGGUAGAACUGCAAGUGGACUAUUGGCCAAUUAUCCGACCGGGCGACCAUACACCCAAGGAAAAGAGCAUCACACGGAGCGGUGAUCAAGGUGGCAAGAAUAGCAUUAAGAGUACGUUUAGGAAUCUACAAGUUUGGCGGCUACCGCAGAAUGCCCAAUUGGGUGAGAUGUCGUAUGGGUUGACCGUGAAUUUCGCCACCAAGGAGAAGAAACAGAAGCAAAUAAUGCGCCUAGGCAAGAAAAAGGAAAAAGACCGC